AUGGCUGACAUUGAAAAAAUGUUUCAUCAGGUCAAAGUAUCAAGGAUAGAACAAGAUUCUCUUCGUUUCGUUUGGGGAGAAGACACUAGCGACAACAUUGAUGACUGCCAUGCAAGUACAUUUAUUUGUAUCGACCACGAUCGCGAAAUCGUAGACGCUAUCACGAAAAAGUUUUACAUGGAUGAUUAUCUGGACUCCAUGAAAACAGUAGACGAAGCCGUAUCGAUUGCAAAAACCGUGACAGAAGCCUUGAAAAGUUGUGGCUUUCGUUUAACAAAAUGGCUUUCAAAUUCUUGUGAAAUUCUUAAGUGUUUUCCAAAUACCGAAACCGUAAUCAACGUCAAUCUAGACCUAAACAAAUUACCGACUGAAAGAGUACUUGGUAUGUUAUGGAAUCCGAAUACUGACUAUUUCACAUUCAAAGCUGUCAACAAGCCAUCACCUGAAACUAAAAGAGGUAUAUUAAGUUUAACAAGUUCAAUAUUUGACCCACUUGGCAUCUUAACACCAUUCAUUUUAGAAGGAAAACUUAUCAUCCAAUCAUUGUGGAAAUCCAAAAUAGACUGGGAUGAAGAAAUACCAACCGAAUUAAAAACAAGGUGGUUGAGCUGGAGAAGUGAACUGGAGAAACUAACAUCAAUCAGCAUUCCUCGAUGGCUCAAACUACAAUCCAAUAAUCAGUUGAUUCAAUAUCAAUCAUAUGGUGCUGUCGCAUAUCUACGUAUUCAAGAUACGCAUACCGUCAAUGUAACAUUCGUGAUGGGAAAAUCCAGAGUCGCCCCGUUGAAUCCGAAAUCUCUCACAAUACCAAAAUUAGAAUUACAAGCUGCUGUCUUGGCUACAAGAAUGAGAGAAUCAAUAGUGAGUAGUCUUUCCAUGGACCUCGGUACCAAAUUUUGGACAGAUUCACAAAUAGUUUUGAAAUAUAUCUCGAAUGAAAACCGAAAAUCUCCAGUAUUCGUUAUGAAUCGCAUCAAUGAAAUUCGUACUACGACUGACGUCAAUUCGUGGCGUUUUGUGCCAGGAACUCUAAACCCAGCAGACAAUGCUACAAGAUAUGUACCACUAUCAUCGACCGAGAAUUCCAGAUGGUUAACCGGUCCAUCGUUUUUAAUCGAAGAAGAAUGCAAUUGGCCAGACCAAAACCAAAAUGUCAUUCAAAGUGAAGAAGACGCAGAUAUUACCAACUUUCAGUCAACUAGUAAUGCAAUACCAGAGAAAACAUCCUUUAUCAAAUGGGAAAAUUAUUCCGAUUGGCAAAAACUCUGUCGCCACAUUGCGUGGAUUAUCAAAUUAAAACGAAAUUGGUUGUUAUUAAAAAGGGGAAGAUCUGAACCUGAAAAAUUUGAUUACCUGACCGUUGAUGAAAUUGAAGCAACAAAGUUACAGUUGUAUAGCAUCUCACAACAAGAAUCCUACCCAUCAGAAUUCGAAAACCUACAAUCACACAAGGAACUACCAAAAAGAUCACCACUUGUAGCUUUGAGACCAAUGAUGCAGAACAAUUUGAUUCGUGUUGGAGGAAGAAUUGGUUUAAUCGAUAUACCAUUUGAGUCGAAGCACCAAGUGAUAAUCUCGCCGAAACACCACAUUGCACGACUCAUAAUUCAACACAUUCAUCAUACAAACUUCCAUGUUGGACAAAACGCCACACUAGCACUAUCAAGACAAAAUAUUUGGAUUCCGACUGGAAAAUCCUAUGUGAAGAAUUUGAUAAAUGCAUGUACAUACUGUAAAUCAAAGAAAGUCAAGCCAAUAUCACCACUUAUGGGAGAUCUACCAAUCGAUCGUCUUGCUGUAGGUGAACCACCAUUUAAUCGAUCUGGAGUAGAUUACUUUGGUCCAAUGAUUGUCAAGAGAAGUAAGAGGACAACAGCUUCAUCUGGAACCGUGAAAAGCUAUGGAGCAUUGUCACGUGCCGUUCACAUUGAGCUAGCUGGAGAUUUAUCGACAGAUAGUUUCAUUCUUGCACUUCGACGUUUUAUCUCAAGAAGAGGAAACCCCAAAACAAUCACCAGCGACAACGAAACCAACUUCGUCGGCGCAGAUCGUGAACUAAGAGAGCUGGUAACGAAUCUGAAUGAGACAAAACUUCGAAAAGAGUUAACAAAGAAUAGUAUCGAAUGGAAGUUCAACCCACCAUUUUCACCAUGGAUGAAUGGAGCGAUGGAAUCUAUGGUGAAAAUCACUAAACGAGCGUUGAAAGUGAUAGUUCGUGAUAGCGUUUUCACCGAAGAAGAGUUACGUACAUUCUUGACUGAAGUAGAAGCAACCAUCAAUAGCCGACCGUUGACUUCUAUCAGCAGUGACGCAGAUGACUACCAAGCACUAACGCCAAAUCAUUUUCUCAUUGGAAGAGCGUCGCAAAAUAUACCUGUAGAUUCUGUAUUUACAGACCUCGACGAUCGUAAAAGAUGGAGAGCCGUACAGGCUGCUUCAAAUAUGUUUUGGAAUAGAUGGAGAAAGGAAUACCUGCCUUCUUUGACAACACGUGCUAAAUGGAAUACAAACGACGACCAAAUUAAGGAAGGAGAUCUCGUGAUAGUUAGAGACCAGAACGUCUUGAAAAAUCAUUGGCCGCUGGGACGCAUUGCGAAAAUCUUUUCUGGCAGCGAUGGCAUCAACAGGGUUGCAGAAGUGAAAACUGCUGAUGAAAAUUACAUUCGUCCCAUCCGAUCACUUGCGUUACUGGAACGCAGUGCUAAAUGA